AUGAACAAAACCGGCAAGGACAGUUUGAAGUAUCCGCGAACUGUUGUAGCUUGCAGCAAUUCUAAUUCUAAAACCGUGAUGCUUAUGACUGCUGUUGUGCUAAUCAAGGAUCAGUGUAAACGGACAAUACCAUGUCGAGUUCUAUUAAAUUGCGGUUCGCAAGUAAAUUUCAUUUGCAAGACCUUGGCAGAUCGUUUGAAGUUUGAAAAACAGGCUGUGUAUGUUCCUAUUGCUGGAAUUGGAGGAGCCAAAGCUUGUGCCAAGGAAAAACUAGUGGUGAAGGUGGAAUCCAGAUUAUCCGAUUUCACAACAUGCAUCGAAUGCUUAGUGGUUCCCAAAAUUACCGGACCUAUUCCAUCUGCAAAAAUCGAUAUUUCUUCGUGGCCAAUGGACGUUAAUCUACCUAUGGCAGAUCCAAAAUUUAACAUCCCUUCUGAUAUCGACAUGCUAAUCGGUGCUUCACAGUUUUUGCGGUUGCUGAAAACAGGUCGAAUGCAGUUAAAGAAUAAUUUGCCAGAACUUCAAGAAACACACUUCGGAUGGGUAGUUGCAGGUGAUUUCGACGGUGCAAUUACUUCUCAGCAGUGCUUAGUAUCCACAACCGACUCCAUUUCCGAUAUUCUUCGCCAAUUUUGGGAGCUGGAGGAAAUUGCAGAGUCUGCUACUUUAAGUUUCGAGCAAGAUGAGUGCGAAAAAAUAUUCCAAUCCAGUCAUGCUCGAGACGUGACCGGUCGUUAUAUGAUGCAUCUGCUGCUGCAUAUGGUGCAGUCAUCUAUACUCGUUGCAUCCUGUCUGAUGGUACAAUUCGACUGA